GAACGAUGCUUAAGAGCUUUUCUUUUCCAGAGAAGAAAAAAAUCAGCUAUAAAUAAAAAAAAAAUUGUUUAUAGAAACAAAUAUUAAUUCUGUGAUCAAAGCAAAGAAAGAGAUUUUACAAGUUAAAAAAAAUAUUAUAUCGCAUAUAUGUGUUUUCAAAAGUAAAACGACAAUUCACCACACCUAAAAAAGUAGUUUAGUUCACCACCAUUUGUCGUUCAAUAUGUAUUACCUGCUUUGAGGCAUUUUCAAAUGCAUUAGAAGGUUCAAAUUCCAAAUUUCAUACACGAAAAACGUAGCCAUAUUCAGUGUUUGUGAGUUUGUUCAAAAAUUGUUGUAUUCCGACUUUCAUUUGCACGGGAGCAUCGAGUUUUGUGUCUUUCUUUCAUCAUUUUUCUGAAGAUAUUUUUAAUAAAUUAAAUUCAGUAACUGAUUUUCUUUACCCACUUAUAAGGUCAAAUAUAUUUGACAGUGUAAUAAUUUUGGCAUUUUCUCUACACGUAGAGCAUCAAUUCUCAACUUACGAGAAAAGAAUUCUUUGAAUAAGUGGAAAAUUUCGUAAUCGAUAGAAACAGUGAAGAACAAGAGAAAGGAUGAAAUUCGUUGAUAUGGAUGUUGAUUGUAUUGAGAGCUGCUUGGAGCACUUAUCAUUCGAUGAACUGUUGAGUGCGGCUGCUUCCAACAAACGAAUUAAUCAGGCGGCCAAGUUUAUUUAUUCUCGAAAAUUUAGUUCAAAAAAAAUUUCGUUCAGUGUAAAUAAAGGAUUUGAAGCACAACUAGUUAAUCGGAUUGUGUAUUUUGGUGACGAUUCAUUAGAAGACCAUUCAUUCAGAGACUUGAAAUCAAGUUUAAAAUUUUUGAGGUGUUUCGGUCAACUUCUAACUAAUAUAGAAAUUCGAUUUCAAAAUGACAUGCAAAAUGAUAUGUUUAUGUUUGGUGACUUUCCCGAUGGGAGAAAUGCACCGAAUAAAUUUAUAUGGACUCAACAUGUAAUUGAGUAUGUAAAUGAAUAUUGCGCCGAAUCUUUACUUGAUGUUCAUUUUUAUGGGAUUCGAGAUUUACCAAAUUAUCUAAAAAAGCCAUUCAGCAGAGUCAAAAACAUCACAUUGGAAAAUUGUUAUUUUUCUGAUUUGGUUGAAAACAAUUGGUUAAAUGACCGUUUUCCAAGAAUGCAAGAACUUCAUUUGAACCUUACUUAUUCGAAUGAUGUUGGUUCAUUUAAAUUUAUUGAGAAUUGUUUUGGAUUUUUGGAGCAUUUGAACAUUUCUAUGCAAGUAUUUUAUUGCACGGACGAUCAUUAUAGAAUUGUUGAGCCAGGAAUUAAUUCAUUCAGAAGAAAUAUUUUGGCGCUCUUUCAUUUAAAUCCACAAUUAAAGCAUUUGGAAAUUUUUGCAGCGGACUUUUUCUAUAAAAAAUGUCCUUUUAUUGGCGCAAAUGAUCUUCAAAGCGUGAACAAGAGUCUUCAAAAUCUCGAGAGUUUAAAACUCAAUAUACAUUACCAAUUCAAUUCUGGAUUUAAUGGUGAUUUUAUCCACUUUAAGAAUCUAAAAAGCCUUACUUGUUAUGUGAAGGUAGCACUAUCAUUUCCAAUUCCAUUCGUUAGUGAUAAACUUGACACAUUACAUCUUGUAAACAGAAAACCAUUAAGCGAAUUUGAAUAUGAAUUCAUUGCAAAACAUCCAACAAUAACACAAUUAUCAUUUAUAAAUGUAAAUCAAGGAACGGAUGUGAAUAUUUCAAAAAUCGCCAAUGCAUUGCCAUCAAUUGAGAGACUUACAAUCGGACAUUUUAUUAAAAUUGAAAGUCUUAUUCCUCACUGGACCAAAUUUCAAAAGCUCAAAGAAAUUUCUUUUCGUUACAAGGGAUUGGUUCAACAGAAUGAGUUGGUUCCACUUUUGAUCGAUGGAUGGUCUGUGUCAAUAGUUACAUAUGGUUUUAUAAAAUUAAUACGUUCAAAAUGAUGAGAUAUGACUGGAAUUUUGAAUGUACAUACACACCAAACUAUUAAAUGAAUUGCUUGAAUUAUUAUUAUUA